AUGGGCAACGUACCCGCUACAGUGAAGCACUGCCUGAGCUAUGAGCAACUCAUCCAGGACUACCCAUGGCUGAAAAGCUGGCUGCUGGAGGAGAAGACCAUUACUGGACAUGAGUAUCCAGAGUUUGUUAAAAUAGUUGAAGUUGGGCCAAGAGAUGGACUUCAAAAUGAAAAGGAAAUUGUUCCGACAGGGGUGAAAAUCCAGCUGAUAGACAUGCUUUCAGGAACAGGCCUGCCUGUGAUCGAGGCCACCAGCUUUGUCUCUUCAAAGUGGGUACCGCAGAUGGCAGACCACACUGAUGUACUCAGAGGAAUCCAGAGAGCACCUCAUGUUCGGUACCCUGUUUUGACACCUAACAUGCAAGGCUUUCAGGACGCUGUUGCAGCUGGUGCUACUGAAGUGGCGGUGUUUGGGUCAGCGUCUGAAACCUUCAGUAAAAAGAAUAUUAACUGCUCUAUUGAUGAAAGCAUGCUGAGGUUUGAGGAAGUCAUUAAAGCUGCCAAAGAGCGACAAAUUCCAGUCCGUGGAUAUGUUUCUUGUGCCCUUGGAUGCCCUCACGAGGGACACAUUGAACCUUCCAAAGUCUCUCAGGUGGCAAAGAGGUUAUAUGAAAUGGGCUGCUAUGAGAUUUCCUUGGGGGAUACAAUCGGUGUUGGUACACCAGGCUCCAUGUUUAAGAUGCUGCAGAGUGUGAUGAACGAGGUGCCGACCACCGCUCUGGCAGUUCACUGCCAUGACACUUAUGGGCAGGCACUCCCCAACAUCCUGACUGCACUUCAGAUGGGGGUCUGUGUGGUGGAUUCUGCAGUAGCUGGCCUGGGAGGUUGCCCGUACGCUCAGGGUUCAUCUGGCAAUGUUUCAACAGAGGAUGUACUCUACAUGCUCCAUGGCAUGGGCAUUGAAACUGGUGUGAACCUCACCAAAGUUAUAGAGGCUGGAGACUUCAUCUGCCAUGCUUUACGUUGCGAGACACACUCCAGGGUUGCACAGGCAAGAGGAAGAACACUGUGA